AUGACUUCAUGGUCUGGUAUUGUUUCUACAUGUAAAUCUGCUUAUAAUAGGAUCAAUCCGUGCGCACUUACCGGUGCAAUUGACGUUAUUGUUGUCAAACAAGAAGAUGAAACCCUGCAAUGUACUCCGUUUCAUGUUUGUUUUGGUAAAUUAAGUGUUCUAACAAAUCAACAAAAUAACGUAUAUAUCACUAUAAAUGGUAGGUCCAUUGAACAUUUAUCUAUGAAAUUGGGCGAGACUGGACAAGCUCUGUUUAUUACCGAAGAAGAGACUACUACACAAUGGCUUCCAUUAAAUCAUGAUUCAGAACUAUCGAAUAAUAAUACAUUGCCUAAAUCUGAUACUGCUGUAUUAAACAACUCUAAUCCUCAAUUAUCCGAAAUCAACUUUUCCCCUCAAAUCAUUAAUAACCAGUUUGAUGAAGAAAAAAACUCCUAUGAAAACAAUGAACCAAUAGAUCAUCAUGAACAAAGUUCGAAAGAUUUAAAACAAGAACUUGAGAAAAUGUUAUUUUCAAAUGAACAUCAAUUACCUAGGCGUCAACGUCUUUCAACAUCUAUAUCUAUGGAUGAUACUCUGUCAGAUAACAGAAAUGUCUCUAUACCCUCGACACGUCGAGACAAUGUAAAUGGAAAUGAUUUACUUUUAUUUCCAAUUGAUGAUGAAAAACAAUCAUCAUUGUCUACUCCAAGCGUUGAUGCACAUAGGCAAAAAACCUUACCGUCCAUUCCAUCUAAAGCAUCGAAUGAAAUGGAUCAUAGUGAUGGCUAUAUAAGUUGUUUAGAAGAUAGUAUUGAUGGUAAUGAAAAUGAUCAGAGACCUACAAGACUGUUAUCAAUUCCAAUUCCAAUUGAACAAAAUCCAGCAAAAAAUGAUACAUCAUCCACGACAGAUGAAUCGAAUUUAUUAACUAAUACAACUGUGUCUCAAUCUGCAUCAAUAACAAUUAAUGAAAAUCAUUUUUCAAUUCAGAUGAAUCAACCAAGCAAUUCAACUACGUUUUAUUUAGAUGACAAUUGUUCACCGACAUCAUCAUCAUCAUUGGAACAUGCUAGAUCACCUCAGCCGAAUGGUCCACAAUGCGAUGCAGAAUAUGAAACAGAAAAAUCACCUCAACAAUUAGUAACAGAUAAUCGAAAACGUUCGAGAUGGCUCUGGGACUGGGGUGAACUUCCUAAACAAACAUUGAGUAUGCUUAGAAAUUUUUCUACAGGAUCAUUAAAAAGAAGUACAUCUCAACAAAAAAUUCAACGAAACAAUAUAAUAGUUGAUAAAUGUGAUGAUCGUUCAUCGUAUGCAACUACAAUCAAUUCUCAACAAAAUCAGUCAAUAAUUUCGAACGAUGAUAAUGCAGAAUUAGAAGCUGAUAAUUCUUCAAUAACACAAUCGUCAGUUCAAGAAUACGAAACUCUCUGUCUUGAUGAUGUAAAAUUUUCAUUAUGUGGAAAUGUCGAUAAACUAUCAUCAAUUACAGAUGAUUUAUUCAAUGCAAAACUCAUUCCAUAUGAAAAAUUUGCUAGUAAUCCAUUGAUCAGCAAUGAUCCUCAAUUAGUUGUAUGCAUGUGCGGAAAAUUUUACAGUGGAAGUACAGCUAGAGAACUUAUGGUAUCGACGAUUGCCUACCGUAAAUCAUUGUCUUCUAAAAUAGUUGAACGAUUGCCAAAAGACCCUAUCACACAAUCUAUAGUCCGUACAAUGAGUGGCAUUAAUGGGUGGCUAUUUCCAAGAAAAAACAUUGAUGUAAAAACUGAAAAUGUUCCAUCGGUGGAUAAAUCUGAAGUCAUUCCAACUAUAUUACAAAAUCAAAAUUUGAUUAAAAAAGAGACUAAUGAUGGUGAGAAAGAAGAUCAUAACGGGGGAAAAUUAAUACCUACGUCAAGAUUAAAAAAAACUAUGAUUCUUACAUCUGAUCAAUUAAAACAAUUGAAUCUUAACGAGGGUGUGAAUACAGUUGCAUUUAGUGUUACAACAGCCGGUCAAGGUACAACAAUAGUUGAAGCAAAUAUAUUCGUUUUUGAUCAUAAAACAAAAUUUGUUAUAUCGGAUAUUGAUGGUACUAUUACAAAAUCUGAUAUCAUAGGUCAUAUUUUUUCAUUAUUUGGUCGAGACUGGUCACAUAAUGAUAUAGCACAAUUUUUUCAAGCUAUUCAAAACAAUAGCUAUCAACUUAUUUAUUUAUCUUCUCGUGCUAUUGGACAAAGUCGUGUAACAAGAAAUGUUUUACGCAGUGUUGAGCAAUCCGGUUUUGCAUUACCGCUUGGCCCAUUACUUAUUUCACCUGAUGGAUUAAUGGCUGCAUUGUAUAGAGAAGUUGUUGUACGGAUAUCUGAAGAAUUUAAAAUUGAAUGUUUAAAAAGUAUUGCAAGUUUAUUUCAAGGCAAAAAUCCAUUUUAUGCUGGAUUUGGCAAUCGACCUAAUGAUGUAGUGGCGUAUAAAGCUGUUGGAAUACCAGAAACUCGUAUAUUUACAAUAAACCCUAGCAGUGAAAUUGCUAGAGGAGCAAUAUCUGAAGCGUAUCCUACUUCAUACAAAAGUUUGCAUGAUAUAGUGGAUGAAAUAUUUCCUCCAAUGGAUUCAUUUUCUGGAAGUGAAUCCUAUUCAUCAUUUACAUAUUGGCGUGAACAACCAACAAUGGAUACAUUCGAAGAUGAAAUGCGUAAAAAUCUAGAAGACAUCAAGGUACGAGAAAAGUCUAAAGGCAAAGGAUCAACAAAACAAAAAAAGGAUGUUUCACGAAAAACAUGA